UUCAUUCUCUCAUUCUGCGAUCGUAUCAAGUUUCUAAAAAUCUCAAAUCCGAUUUGGUUUCAUAAUACUCUCUUAUAAGAAAAAGAAUGUCUUGCUGCGGAGGAAACUGUGGUUGUGGAUCUGGCUGCAAGUGCGGCAACGGAUGCGGAGGGUGCGAAAUGUACCCAGACUUGGGAUUCUCCGGCGAGACGACAACAACUGAGACUAUUGUCUUGGGCGUUGCGCCGGCGAUGAAGAACCAGUACGAGGCUUACGGCGAGGGUAACAACGCUGAGAACGAUGCUUGCAAGUGCGGAUCUGACUGCAAGUGUGACCCUUGCACCUGUAAAUGAAGAAACAUAUCUACUUUUUUUUUAAAAAUAGGCAGAGAUUAAUUAAUAUCAACAGUGUUUUUAAUUUAAAAUAAAGUGACCUUAAAUGGUGUGUUUUAGGUUUGGUUAAUUAUGUGUAAUAAUAAGGAUCGGCUGCAGCUUAAUCUUUUUAGCCUGCCGACACUAGUAGUCUAGUAUUGCGUGUGGUUUAAUGAUCAUAUAAUCUUUUUAUUAUUAUUAGAUGUCUCUGCCAUGUGACGAGUUUGUACUUCCUUCUUCGAAUGGAAUGAAAAAGUUAUAAUACUUCAUAAUUCUGUUU